AUGUCCAAAAAAUUAGUGUCAUCAAGACCUGGAGAGAACAUAUUUCUUAAAAAUUAUCCUGCAUCUAACUGUCAAGUCAUCAAACUGAAUGUGAAGCCAGUGUCAGGUGAACAGUCCAGUAUGAAAGAUUAUCUUUCAUACAAAAAUGUUAUAGCUUCAAUCGAAACCAAAGAAGGUCUGAGCCUCCAGUUGAUAAGUGGAGAUGUCCAGUAUAUCCAGGCUGAUGUCAUUGUCAACACAGUUCCCAAGGAUCUGCAGCUUGGAGGAGGACCACUGUCUCAGUCUCUUUUGCAGAAAGCUGGUCCAAUGCUUCAGAAAGAGUUAAAUGCCACCAGGCAGGAAGCCGAGGAAAAAUUGGGUAGCAUAUUCAUGACAAGUGGCUGCAAUCUGGACUGCAAAGCUGUGCUCCAUGUCGUGGCUCCAGACUGGGAUAACGGAGCAGGGACUGCUCAGAAGAUCAUGGCAAAUAUAAUCAAGAAAUGUUUGACCACUAUAGAACAGCUAUCUUUCUCUUCAAUCACAUUUCCCAUGAUUGGAACAGGAAAUUUGCGGUUUCCCAAAGCUAUUUUUGCCAAACUAAUCCUUUCGGAAGUGUUCAAAUUUAGUAGCCACGAAUGGCUGAAAACCUUAAAAGAAGUUCACUUCAUGGUACAUCCAGGUGAUGAUGAAGGCCACCAGGCAUUUUUGGAUGAAUUCUCGAGACGGUCAAGAGCAAAUCCUAACAAGGACAGGGUUCUUAAGGCUGGAGAUUCCCAAGGUUUCUUCGGGAGUGUCUCCAAUCCUUGGUAUGAAACUUAUGAAAUGAAAAUUGGUGCGAUUACGUUCCAGGUUGGUACUGGAGAUAUCGCCAAAGAAGAGGCAGAUGUUAUUGUAAACUCGACAUCAAGGACAUUUGAUCUGAAGUCAGGUGUGUCAAAAGCAAUUUUGGAAGGUGCUGGGCCCGCUGUGGAAAAUGAAUGUGCUGCACGAGCUGCACGGCCUCACACAGAUUUUAUAGUUACACAAGGUGGACACUUAAUGUGCAAAAUAAUAAUUCAUGUUGCUGGGGAAAGCCAUGUCAGGAAAACGGUCUUCAGGGUUCUGGAAGAGUGUGAACAGAGGCAGUACACGUCAGUUGCCCUUCCAGUCAUCAGAACAGGAAGUGCCAGAAAAAACCCAAUCGCAGUUGCUGAUGACAUGAUCGAUGCUAUUGUAGACUUCUCAUGGCAACAUUCUACCCCGUCAUUAAAAACGGUUAAAGUUGUCAUCUUUCUAUCUGAGCUGCUAAAUGUAUUCUAUGACAGCAUGAAAAAAAGGGGCAACUCUGCGUCACCUACCUCUCAGCCUGCGUUCUCCACAACUGCAGAUAACACUCCUGAACAUUGGAUGGAUAUAAAUCAUCAACUGUCUUGUGUGACCCAACUACAACCGGGACAAUCAGAAUAUAACACCGUAAAGGAUAAGUUCACUCAGACUUGUUCUUCCUAUACAAUAGAGAAGAUUGAGAGGAUACAGAAUGCAUUUCUCUGGCAGAGCUACCAGAUAAAGAAAAAGCACAUGGACAUCAAGAAUGGCCAUACAAAUAAUGAGAGAAUCCUCUUCCAUGGGACAGAUGCAGGCUCAGUGCCACAUGUCAAUCAGCAUGGCUUUAAUCGCAGUUAUGCUGGGAGGAAUGCUGUAGCCUACGGAAAAGGAACCUAUUUUGCUACUGAUGCCAGUUAUUCUGCCAAUGAUACAUACUCCAAGCCAGACAGCAAUGGGAGAAAGCACAUGUAUGUUGUGCGCGUACUUACUGGAAACUACACGCAAGGAUAUGCAGGAUUAGUCACCCCUCCACCAAAGAAUCCUCAUAAUCCCACAGAUCUCUUUGACUCUGUCACAGAUGAUACAACCUAUCCAACGCUAUUUGUGAUAUUCUUUGAUAAUCAGGCUUACCCAGAAUAUCUCAUAACUUUCAGAUGUUAG